AUGCGAGCUCCAGGUUUCCCCGGCGAGAACGCGCCAUACGAAGGUCCAGGUUUCCCCGGCGGGAACGCGCCAUGCGAAGGUCCAGGUUUCCCCAGCGAGAACGCGCCAUGCGAAGGUCCAGGUUUCCCCGGCGAGUAUGCGCCAUGCGAAGGUCCAGGUUUCCCCAGCGAGUACACACCAUGCAAAGCUCCAGGUUUCCGUGGCGAGUACGCACCAUGCAAAGCUCCAGGUUUCCCAGACGAGUACGUGCCAUGUGAAGCUCCAGUUUUCCCCGGCGAGUACGCACCAUGCGAAGCUCCAGGUUUCCCCGGCGAGUACGCGCCAUGCAACGCUCCAGGUUUCCCCAGCAAGUACGCACAAUGUGAAGCUCCAGGUUUCUCUGGCGAGUACGCGCCAUGCGAAGGUCCAAGUUUCCCUGGCGAGUACAUGCCAUGCGAAGCUCCCGGUUUUCCUGACAAGUAUGUGCCAUGCGAAGCUCCAGUUUUCCCCGGCGAGUACGCACCAUGUGAAGCUCCAGGUUUCCCCGGCGAGUACACGCCAUGCGAAGCUCCAGGUUUUCCCACUCCAGAUUUCCCCGGCAAGUAUGCGCCAGCUGGGGGACGCCAAGCUGGGGGACCUGGAGCUUUGCAUGGUGCGUACCCGCCGGGUAAACCUGGAGCUUUGCAUGGCGCAUACCUGCUGGGGAAACCUGGAGCUUUGCAUGGCGCAUACCUGCCGGGUAAACCUGGAGCUUUGCAUGGCAUGUACCCGCUAGGUAAACCUGGAGCUUUGCAUGGCGCGUACCUGCCGGGUAAACCUGGAGCUUUGCAUGGCGGGUACAAGUCGAGUAAACUGGGAGCUUUGAAUGGCGGGUUCCCACUGGGUAGACCUGGAGCUUUACAUGGCACAUACCUGCCAGGUAAACCUGGAGCUUGGCAUGGCACGUACACACCAGGGAAACCUGGGGCUUUGCAUGGCGCGGUCCCGCUGGGUAAACCUGGAGCUUUGCAUGGCCCGCACCCACCAGGGAAACCUGGAGCUUUGCAUGGCGCGGACCCACUGGGUAAACCUGGAGCUUUGCAUGGUGCGUACCCAUCGGGUAAACCCCGAGCUUUGUAUGGCAUAUUCCUGCCAGGGAAACUUGGACCUCCACCAGACCCAUACCUGCCACUUCAACCUGGACCUCCAUUGGGCCAGUACGCGCUACUGCAAGCUGGACCUCCACUGGUCCAGUACACGCCGCCGCAACUUGGACCUUCACUAUGCCAGUACGCGCCGCCACAAGCUGGUCCUCUAUAA